UGGGAACGGGCGUCGUUACUGUUUGGGGUUCUAUCCUUGUGCCUUGUGGGAAUGGUAGAUGAGCGGCGCUAUUCCUCUCCAACACCCACCCCCGAGAACUGAUACAAGUACUGGGGUAGUAAAAGGAGGCAAUAAAAGAGUCCACCUCUUCGCCCGAUCCCCUCAACCCCAAGCCCCAGAGAAGCUCCCCGUUCCAGGGUUCAAUCGAUAUCCCUCGAUCUCCAUCGCUUCCCUCCUCUCUCCCCCUCUUCGAUUCUUCUCUCUUCUCUCUCGAUUUCCCCCAAUCCCAUUCUCCUUGUCCUGCCCCUUCUCGAGAUCGCUCAUCCGCGAUCGAUCGGACGAAUUAGGGCGGAUUCGGUGAGGGAGUUGUGGGGUGGUGGGGCGAUGGGGAAGGGUUCGAAGACCGGGUGUCGGUCGGCGUCCCACCAGCUCUUCAAGGACAAGGCCAAGAAUCGGGUGGACGACCUCCAGGGGAUCUUCACUGACCUCCAGUCCGCCCGCAAGGAAAGCCGCACCGCCGACGUCGCCGUCCUCGAGGAGCAGGUCCACCAGAUGCUCCGCGAGUGGAAGUCCGAGCUCAACGAGCCCUCCCCCGCCUCCUCUUUGCUCGGGAAUGCUCAUGUCUCUUCAGAACUUCCCUCGGAAACCCUCCGGCUGUUGCAGCUUAGCGAGGAGGAGGAUGAUGCUACGAGCAAGAUGUGUGAGCCGGCCCCUGGAAACGCAAAGGCCGAGCCCUUAGAUGUUCCCGAGCCUAAUGUUGAGAAAAUUCAAGGUGGAGGUACUGCUGGCUUUCAACAGUUUUACUUGCAGGAUUAUUAUGUGAAUCAGGAACUAACAGAACAUGGAUUUCUUUAUGGCAAUGAAUACCAAAGCAACCUUCCUGCUGAAUCAGACCAUGGCAUCAUAAAUUGCUUGGAUGGGACUACUCAUUUGGAGUUCCAACAGUUCAGUUUGCAUCAAGAACUGCACCAUAAUCUGUAUCUUGAUAGCAGUAUUAGUGAGGAAAAUGGUGGGGAUGUGUUACCCCAUAUGUCAAACUUUCUGCCAACAAUAUGCCCUCCCCCAUCUGCAUUUUUAGGGCCAAAAUGUGCACUCUGGGACUGUCCUCGGCCUGCUCAGGGAUCGGAGUGGUGUCAAGACUAUUGCAGCAGCUUCCAUGCUACAUUGGCACUGAAUGAAGGUCCUCCUGGCAUGACACCUGUGCUACGUCCUGGUGGUAUCGAUCUAAAAGAUGGUCCACUUUUUGCUGCUCUUUGUGCGAAGACACAAGGAAAAAAUGUUGGUAUCCCAGUAUGUCAAGGAGCUGCAACCGCAAAGUCUCCAUGGAAUGCUCCAGAGCUUUUUGAUCUGUCUGUUCUUGAGGGCGAAUCACUUAGAGAAUGGCUCUUCUUUGACAAGCCUAGAAGGGCUUUUGAGAGUGGGAACCGAAAGCAGAGGUCAUUGCCAGAUUACAGUGGCCGUGGUUGGCAUGAAUCCAGGAAGCAAGUUAUGAAGGAAUUUGGUGGGUUAAAAAGGUCUUACUAUAUGGAUCCACAACCUCUAGCCCACUUUGAGUGGCAUCUAUAUGAGUACGAGAUCAGUAAUUGUGAUGAUCUAGCUUUGUAUAGGCUAGAAUUCAAGCUUGUUGAUGCAAAGAAAAGUGCCAAAGCAAAAUUGACUAGUAAUUCACUGCUUGAUCUGCAGCAGCAAAUGGGAAGGCUCAAUGCAGAGAACUCUAUUGAUAACAAAAAGAAUGCCAAGAUUAGGACAAAAGCUAAUCAGAUGGACAUUGCUGAAAAUAUAUAUUCAACUCCAAACACAGCUAAUCAGAAGGAGAAUGAGCUGAACGUUUAUCAUGCUUCAGAUAAGAUGGCUUCUUUUAAUGAGAACUCAGGUUAUGGACCUAAUUUCCAAUAUUUUUAUUCUGUUGAAAACUUAAAGGACUAUUGUGGGACAUAAGCUAGGAGAAAAACACUAGGCAGUCUGGGGCUGUCCUGUGAUGGUGGUUCCAGAACUGAUUAAACUUUCUCCAAAAGUGACAUAUCAGCUGUAACCUUUUUAACAAUUAUUCCCUCAGUUUUUGGUCUGUUAUAGCAUUAUGCCAGUCAUAUUUAACUUUAUUUCAUGGUUUAAGCAUGUGCAGGCAACAAUUUUGCGGCGGGACAUCUGUGCUCUUGAAUGCAUGAAUAUGGUAGCGAGUACUGUAAUUGAUGUAAAAGUGGCUUAACUAUAAUGCCUCCUGAAUGCAUCUUUAACUUGAUGAGGGAUAAUUGCACACACUGCUCCAGAACCGUACAGGCAAAGUUACAUAAAGCAUUAUAUGCCUUGUAUGUAGUUUGUCCUUUUGUAUAGGAUUGUUGAUUUUUGGAAAGUUUUGGGGAGUGUUGUUCUCCAGUACUUCAGCUAUUUGAAUUCCAGGCAAUGCAAGCAGCGUCUUUUCAACACAA